UUGAACAAGUUGUGUAAUAGUUUACACAACGGGUUACUAGGUUCAUAUAGUACACAACCGUUUGAUUUUCACACAACCGAAAUAACAGUGCACGCUGUUCCUGUUGGAGUAAUGUUUGUUUAUUUUAUACCACCACCAAAUGCGUCCGCUUCUAUAGUAAGGAAGUACAAAAAAGGCUGCGCCUAUUAUGGAAAGUGGAUGGAAUAAUGACAUUGAAAUGUUGACGGAUUCUCGAAAUAAAAAUAAGCACUUUAUUCUUGGAAGAACAGGUCAUGUACUUUUUAAAGGGCCCAUGUAAUUUUUUUUUCAAUGCAAAACUUUCAAAUGCACCUUUUUGUACCAUUUUAAUUUCUCAUUUUGCCAUUUUCAAGGGUAUUUGGAUGCCUUUUUUGGUUUUUAUGCAAAACGUGAAUUUUCAUAUUCUUAAAACAAAAGUGUGAUGUCAUUUUAAGAAAAGACUAAACAGGUUUGCAAUGUGCCGUACGAACCUGCUAAUAGUUAGGUAAAAUUUUACACAACAGGUGUUGGGUAAUUUUUGUUUUUUACUAAUGUAUGGCAAAAUGUUACUUUAAAAAUAUGUAAAUUAAUUUACCUAAUAUCUUCGUAACUAUAUAGUUUGGUAAAAGUUUACUUUGCAAAUCGGUAAAAUAACUUAUAUAAUAUCUUGGUGAAAAUACUUUUCCUGAAUACUUGGUAAACAUUGCUUCGUUUUUAUGUAGAAAGACUAAACGUUAUAAUUUUUUAAUACAUUUUUAAAGUAAAUGUUGUGUUUGCCCUGUAUUUUUGUAACCGAAGUGUCCUUGAUUCACUAUAGUUAAAUUUUCUUUGAUAGAAAUUUAAGGUACGUCUGUUUCAAAGAUCUCUCAUAGUUUCAGCACCAAAAUUUGCCAGAAUUUUGGUUAUUUCGCUGUCAUAAAUCUUCUUUUCUUUGUGAUUUGUUGUGUCAGUACAUGACAGUAAACCAGUGAGCGUACUUUUUCCACAAAUGAUUUCAAUAUUUUGAAGAUAAAAACAGCUAAUUAAAACUGAACUUUGUCUUCUUUAAAUGACAUCAUAGCAACACACCCUAAGUUGUCCGGAAAAGCAUGGAAAUUUGUAAAUGUUAAAGAAAAUGCACUUUUCAUUAAAAUUUGCAAAAAAACGGAUGUCCAAUACUUUAACAUUUAAGAAGGGUAAAAAAUGCACGAAAUAUGUUCCUCAGAAAAAUUCACUUCAUGGACCCCUUUAAAUUUUUUUAAAAUAAAGACGAGUCUGCACCACCUUGGGUGGGUUUUUUUUUUGGGGGGGGGUGUUAAAAGUUAUUUUAUUUGUGAAUCGCUAGUAUGGUUCGUAUAUUUCGUUAAACUGUUUUUUAUUUUGUUCUUGGUGGGGGGCAGCUGUCAUAUUUUGUUGUGUUUAACGUAAAAGACGACGAACGCUAAUUUUGGAGUUAGAUUGAUUACGAUCGAAGUGUUUAGUGGGAAAAUGGAGUAGCCUAAGCUUUUAAGUUUGUAAAAUCUGAUUUUAUUAAAAAAAGAAAAAAGAAAAAAAAAUGCUUUGCAUAUGUUUUUUGCUUGGGCCGUCUUCCUGGUUCCUUAUAUGGGUAAAUAAAAUGUAAAUAAGCAACAAAUUAAUUUAGCGUGAUUCAUAUAGCUACGAAAUAACUUCAAACCCGCACGACGUACUUUUGUGAGUAGGCUAUGUCACUCCAGGAUACGGAAUUUUUAGGCAACUCAUUUUCCCGCUCUUAAUUCCCUGAAUACGUGUUUUGACCGUCCGGGGAAAGCUGGGCGUUUCUCGCGAAACGAGUGACACUCACAAAAGUAGACCCUAGAGAAAUUAUAUAAAUUGGACCCGAAGAGCCCUGAAAAUGUAAUCUGGCCGAAACAACUGCGAGCACGGUGUGGUCAAUCCGAAUUUGUCUUUAUAGUGAGAGAAGUUUAAAUAAUAGUCGAUAAAGCUUCUGUUUCUUUGCAAGUUCCAUAUUUUGCACAAUCUCCAUUUCAAAAAUGGGUGGUUCUCGCGAAAGUUAUAGGCGUUCAUUUUCAAACCGUGUUUGCCAACGUCCCUGGUAUAUAAUGCUAACUGCCGUGUCCCUGAUCCUAGCGGGGCACGGGAAGCUAACUUGGGCCGUUGAAUCGACGAAUGCCACGGCGGACCUCGGCCAGCACGACACGGUCAGCUGCGUGAUCCCGGACGACAUUUACGUAGACUACGUGCUGGAGCUGAAAGAUCGGGUCUCGCUGUUUUUGGACCAGUAUAUGUCCCACGGCAGCCAACCUUCCGUCACCAGACCGGUUAUUGCGGCAUUCAGAAGACGACUGUUGGGAGAAGGCACACAUCCGUUUGACAGACUAUGGGUUUCCCUGUGCGAGAUCGAGGGGUACACGGCAUGGCUGGACCGGGCCAGCGCGCUGUCUUCGGCCAACGGAUGGACCGAGUUGUCGGACGAAGCCGUGUUUCUCUCCAACCUCAUAGAUGCCAUGGUAGCUCUCCUGCGCAGCGAGCUGCAACGCGUUGAGGCGUGCGAAAGUUUUCCCAUUCCUACCCUGCCAACCGACAUCCGGGACACCACGCCAGCUGACCAAUCAGAGGCAUCCAUCUCGUGGAGCCCACUACGUGAUAUCGACCGCAGCCAAUCAUGCGCCACGCAGCUGAAGUUGAGAGUCCCCCCGAGUGAUGAACAGGUCCCACCGCACCGUCUGGCCUCCGUACUCGGCAGCAUGAUGGCGGCGGUUGCCCAACUGGACUUCGUGUUGAAGCGUUUCUUCGUCCCAUAAAAUAUAUACAGCGCAACUCACCCGAGCGCCCUCUGUUAAUUGUAGAGGGACCAUGGCAGGAAGAACUUCAUGGUGACCACAUGCGAAAAGGUUCAGAAUUCACAUUUCACAGGGUGCUACUUGUUUAUUGAAACCCUGAUGAUUUCUUUUAAUACUUAAACUAUGACAAUGGAUACCGGACUUGUUCUCAGAUGGGAACAGAAAUUGUUUCCCAGGCCUAUUACGUGCAUUACAAUCAAUCAAUUACAUUUUUUUUGUGCUGAUUCAGCACGUUUCACUAUUAUUUUCAUAAAAACUUCCAAUGCAGCUGUUUUUGAUGUUUUGUAGAGCAAUAUAAGUAAAUCAUGUUGAUUUUUCUGUAGCGUUUAAUUGUGUAGACUAGUUUCCUACGUACUAACCAUAUCUGAAUAGUAAGCCAUUGAUAAAUGAUUAGUUAUAUAAUAAGAAAUAUAUAAAUUGAGAAUAUUACGUAUAGUUCUUGUGCAAUUACAUAUUUUAUUUUUGAAGACUUAUAACGUUCUGAACUUUUAUCCAACGCACAAUUAAAGACAUUCCAAACAUUUGAAAAAGGUUAAGGUAAAAAAUACUCAGUGGAAGAUGAAGAAAUUACUAUUUUUCGAAUAAACAUGUCUUAUGCAGCUGUGUAAUUGUUAGCAUUUUAUGUUAAUAGAAAAACAAUAUACCGUAUAUGUUAUCUGUAUCGUAGUUAUUACAACUUGAAGAAAUUUAUAGUCUAUAUUAAAGAAAUAUUUUCGUAUAUUUUUGUGCAGCUGAUGAGUGCAACAAAAUUAAAAUCGAGUAAAAGUAAUUGCAAGUAUUGCGUAUUU